AAGGGGAAAGAAAGAAAAGGCCCAACCUCGUUCGUCAGUGUUUUACUUGGUCUCUGUGGUGUGUUUUCGACAACCACCAAUCUCGCGCAGAUCCUGCGCUACAUAUAACUUCGUCCGCCAGUUUCAUCUAUUAUAUCUACCGCAAUUCGUCCUCCUCCCAUCAACCUUCCACUCAUAAAUCCGAUUCUUGUGUGUUGCAAAUACCCAAAGAUUCACCAUCAUUCCAUUCUAGCCUUGAGCGUCACCAUUUUGUCGAAGCAGAAUAUGGAUCAACAAUUCCCCUCUGGGGGCUCUAGGCACGACCCUUCGCAGUCACAACAUCAGCAGCCCAGUGUUCCCCCAUAUGACAUCUCCGUGAUGGGCCAUGUCAGUCUAACCCUAUUUCAUUCUUGAAACAAUUAUUUGUUUUGACUAUUUUCAUAUCCUUUGUUCCUGAAUUAUGUUCAAUCUUCACGCCCCAGUGUGAUGUGUUGCACGCGGAGAGAUGCUAACGGUUCGACGGAGCACAGUAUGGAGCCAGCGCGGCGCUGGUAGCGUCCUCCACAGUCCCAGCUCCCGAUAUAUACAGCGGUCCCUUCUCAAAUGUAUUUCCUCCCCCAGAAAAAACGAAAACUCUGUUCCUCCUUCUAUCCCCCGCUUCAAGACACACGUAUUGAUGGAUUUUCUGAAAUAUCAGGUUUCCCAAGGACUCAUUGGCCAUUAUCGCGACAUUCUUACCACCUAUUGGCAGCAUAUUAUAAGCCAACUCGAAACCGAGGAUCAUGAUUAUAAAGUACACCAGUUACCAUUGGCGAGGAUAAAGAAGGUUAUGAAGGCGGAUCCGGAGGUGAAGAUGAUCUCGGCCGAGGCACCGAUACUAUUCGCAAAGGGUUGCGACAUCUUCAUUACAGAACUUACGAUGCGCGCUUGGAUACACGCCGAGGAGAAUAAACGCCGGACUCUGCAGCGAUCCGAUAUUGCUUCUGCUCUUGCGAAAAGCGAUAUGUUUGACUUUCUCAUCGAUAUAGUUCCGCGGGAGGAAGCAUCUCAUGCCAAGCGGUCUGGCGGCGGUGGAGGCGGCGGCCCAAGCCAUCAGCAGCAGCCUCCGCAACCUCCCCAGCAGCCCCCUCAACAACAACAACCCCCUCAGCAACCUCCCCAGAUGCCUCCACAGGACUAUCUUGGGCACCCUGGACACCCUGGGAUGAAUCAGGACCCUGAAAGAUAUCAGCAGCAGAACAUAUUCACUGGGCCGGUACAACCUCAAGGGGGUUACCCACAGCAGAUGUAUCAGGAAGGGAUACCGGUAGAUCAGAUGUAUUAUCCCGCCAUUCCUCAUCAACAGGUAAGACUAUGUCCUCCCCCUCCCCAUUCUGUCAUUUGUUUCGCAGCUGUCGAGCACGGGGCCAUUUAGAUAGCCGAUACCUAAUUGUGUUUGUUUAUUGGCUCAGCAGAUGUAUCAACUGCCCAGCCAGCGUGGUCAUCUACAAGAUCCCCAAGGAGCAGGGGGCAGCAACGAGCAAGGCGAUGUAGGAGAUGCAGAUGCGGAGGGUGAACGGGAUUAUGAGGUGCCCUAGUUCUCUUUGACCUUCUAACCACCCUCAUUUUUACUGCCAUUUUAUUUUUAUUUUUCCUUCCAUAUUUUUUGCCAUUCGCUUUUUCCGGUUUGCUUGGAGCAUGGGUAGUUUUACAUACGGUUUACUCCGGGAAUUAUUAUUUCAUUUGUUUGGUUCUCAAGGGCUUUUAGUGGAAUCUGGGUGAUCUAUUUGAACCAUUGCUUGCUUUACUGCUAUCACCGCAAGGAAGUUGAGGAGUUUUGACGUCGCUAUGGUUUUUUUUUUCUUUUUUCCCUCUCUAUUUUCGAUUCUCACCAUGACAUCCGUUUCCUCCGUCUUCCAUUCAAUACCAAUCCUCUCCUUCCCCUUCGUUGUUUUUUUCUUUUUUUCUUUUAUCUCCCCAGCCUUUUUUUUUCCUGUGGUUGGAGGAACGUGCACGUGACGGAACGGUCGGAUACGAUUCACAAGACGAGCAAAACGGGGACGGGACGGGAUAUCAUUUCUUCCUUGAAAAAAACGCAUUUGUUUGUUUGUUUCACCCAAACGGACCUUUCUAUAUAGUACAGGGACCUGUUUUUUCUUCUUCUUCCCCAGUUUCUCCUUCUCGAGUAAUUGUAUUAGCCUACGCAUUUUUUGUCCUCUUACGAACAUUACCUAUUUCUUGGUUACAUUUUCUCAUUCAUCUCACCUCUCCCCUCCCCUCCCCCUCCACUCGAGUAUUUCUUGUCUCUGUUCCUUUUUACAUACCAUACAGCUACCCUAUAAAUAUGCACCCUCUCCCAUAACCUAUAAUCAUUUCUCUCUUACCUACCCAACCUACAACAAUACCACUCGGCCCUCUCCCCCCUCCGCCACUUGUUUCCUUCGUAAUACGAGGAAAUACUCUCCCUUCCUGUACCUACCUCUUCUUGUCUCCCUCCCAUCCAUCCACCUAUCACCCGAACACUCAUACACCCUUUUUUUUUUAAAAAAAAAGGAAAAGAAAAAAAGAAAAAAAGAAAAUUCCGGAAAACUAAAAAAGAGCGCUAAAAUUUUAAAAAACUGUCCCAAUAUCCAAUUGAAUCGGGAAUCACGUGAUCAAAUUUGAACUCAGCGCCCAACCAGAGCGUUUGGAAGAUUAGGAGCCAAUUAGGUGAGAGAUGCUUGGCCGGAGGAGAGGAGAGAAACUAGUUUGGGAAAUAUGGUCGCUCCGGAAGGAGAGAGGGAAUAAGGACCUGCGCACUGGCGGUUGCAAAAGAGAGCGGAAUGGGAUUGAUUAAGUUGAUACCUUCGGGGAGAUCUGUGGCGAGGAGCAGAGAUGGGGGGCUACUGCAAGGUAGCAAGUCAGGGAUCUGAUCAAUAGACAAAUAUUCACGUGCUACUACAAUGCGUGCGUAUCCCACCAUCACUUGACCUUGGCCAAACUUCAAUAACAUGGCCACAGCGCAUCGUGCCGGUAUCAUUUAAACUCUCCAGUCUGCUAUAAUGAACCUCCCACCUCCAUAUAGCGCACCAGACCACGAACCUUUGAUACCCCCCCUCCCUCCCUCGGUAAAUGACACAACUGCAACCGACCAAGUAAGUAAGAAACUGAAUCUCGCUUACCUACCUACUUACCUAAAGUACACAAUCUACUCGCGGGAUGCAAUAUAUUCGAUCCAAUAUAGGAAAGAAGGGAAGGAAGGAACGAAGGAAGGAUCCCCUUUCCCGCGAGAGUUUGCAAGGGAGGGGGACCGGUACGAUAAACCUUGCACCCGCAAUCUGUAAGCGAAAUGGGUACGGUAAAUACGACCAAAUUAAAUAUAGUAUUCCAUGCUUUUGGAAAGCGGUUUUGGUGGGGUUGUUCUGCUUCUUUGGUCAUGUUGCGUCACUCGAAAAAUUACUUGUGUCUACUGUACGUAUUGCGGUUGGGGUGAAUUUUUUUUUUUGUGGGUUCGUGCGCGGUGUAUAGGAUUGUUUCUCUCUCUCUCUCUCGGUCCCGGGUGGGGUCCUGUUUAGGCUGGUUAGAUAGGUAGUGUCGUUUUUUGGGGGGUAUUCUGCUGUUGGGUAUCUAUCUAUCUGAUGGUGGGUGGGUGGGUUACUACCGUACCGUCCGUACAGGUAGAGGAAGGUGGCUGUAUGAUGGUUAGUUUUCUUUUUUCUUUUCUUUUUUCCUUUGACUUCUUGCGGGGAUGAUCGCUGCGCAUGGUUGAUUGAACUCGGUGGGAAGAGAGAGAGAGAGAUGAAUGGAUGGAUGUGAUGAUAUGUUGCAAACGGGUAUCUAUCAUACAUAAGGUUUGGUCACAAUGCUGUCUGUCGUGCUGUAUGCAUGCUAUGUGCUGUGAUGCUGUGCUAAUACGAUCGUGUAUAUAUCAUAAGAGUGUGAUAGAGCCAUCAUACAUAAUAUUACUGUGGGUAGUUUUUUUUUUUUUUUUUGAGACGUUUCGUGAUCGGGGCUUCACGGUUUUGUGUGUACAGUACAGUACUUGCUUACUGAGCUGCCAGCAGGACGGGAGGGAUGAGAUGCAUGAUAUGCUGCCCAAGUAUCGUAAGUUUUACAAACCUGCUUUCUAAAGGAGGGACCU